AAAAAAUGUCCCGCGGCUUUGCUCGGCUAACGUUCACGAAAUAUUUAUUACACAGGAAUCAUUUGUCAGCUGUAGCCUUCCUGCUCGAUGUCGACGGUGACUUUGUGUUUGCGGACGACUGGAAUGUGACUGUUUGGAUUAUUAGUCGCGCUGGGUCUUUGUUCCCAGUCGGUGAAAAACUCCAUUAACCGUCAGUCCUCUGUUUAUUGUCUCACGUCACGCGGUAGUAUUAUUCAACGGGGGAGGUUUAGCCUUUAUUCCGCUGCACUGGCUGAAUCAACUGGCUGGGUCAGUGGCCGCUGCUGAGGUGCUGCAGCCCGGGUAGUGAGCAGUCUGCGAUGGAGAACUGAAGUCAUUAACCGCCGAAACCGUGGUGUUAGCCAGCGCCCAACAAGUCCACCAUGAUGUCCAUGACUUUUGGGGUGUCAAGCAGCGUGACGCUGCUGUUUGACUUCUGGGAUGUGCACGGACCUGCAGGGAUGGUGCUGUCAGUGUUCGUGGUCCUGCUGCUGACAGUUUUCUAUGAGGUGCUUAAAGUGUGGAGGGUGUGGCUGGGAAGUAGCUCUAAGCUAGCCCAGCCUCAGUCUCAAUACGCUGCCCCUCCAUCCUCCCGCAGUGACAGCAUUUCUGUACUGAACAGCAGUCCCUCUGAAUCCUCGUUGACCCUCCAGUCUCAGCCUCCAGCUUCAAACACCAGGAACAGCUGGUUGCUGCACGGUAUCCAGACAGUCCUCCACAUGCUGCAGGUGUCUCUCGGCUACAUGCUGAUGCUGUGUGUCAUGUCCUACAACACCUGGAUCUUCCUCGGGGUCAUCGUGGGCUCUGUUAUCGGUUAUUUCAUCUCGUUCCCUCUGCUGGGUCAAAUCUGAUGGUAUGAACAGUUCAGACACUGAAACAAAGACACUAGAGGGUUUUUUUCCUCCUUGAGUUAAGAGGAUCACUUGCCCUGGAUACUAAAUGGGAAACCACUUGAUUGACUAAUUCGUGAUUAUAACCAUAGGGAUGAUAUGUAUAAUUUAGUGUUUUAUGAGGUGGUUCCUCUGUGUUAAAAAAAACAUUUCUAAUGUUUCUGAGGCAUUUUCUUGUUUUUCCUCUCAAACAUCUAUGAUAUUAAUGCAUGUGAAAAAUGUUUUUUAGUCUCCAAGGGGGCAAUGCUGCUUGCUUAAACUCUUCUCCUUGUGUUUAUUUAUCCUUAAAUUGUAUGCAAAGAUUUGAGAGGAAGAGCAGAACAGGUACAGCUGAACAGAAACAGGAAUGGGAAGUCAUCCACUGACAGAUGUUAAUAGAAAGUGCUCAGUUUACUAAGAAACUUUAUGACACUGGAGAUGAUUCAGAAAUGACAUUUCUGAUAAUUCAUCCCAAAGACUUUAAUGUUUUUGACUACUUAAAAAAAAAAAGCAUUUUGUGGAUGGAGCCGACAGCAUUUUUAAAGUAUCAAACACUGAAUUUCAAUCUUUUUUGCAGGAUUUUGAGUGAAACCUAAAAGUGAACCAAUAUUUUCAGUCUCAGGUUCAUGAGACUGUGACUUGGUCAGUUUGAGGAACAGACUCGUGUGAUUAUUUUAGCUUGUAAACUUUUCUUGUGUGUCCUCUGGGUAACAGAUCAGAGUUAGUCUUGCAUGUAUAUUGGAACAGUGAAAGCAGAUCAUGUGGUUUUGUGGCAAUCAUUGACAAACCACGAACAUCAACAAAAAAAACAGUGAGUGAGUGCCUUGCAACUGAUAAUUUCAGAUGUUUUCUAUUGAAAUAUGAUCCUCUUCUCCUUUGAGAGAGUAUUUACAACUAUUUUUGUAACAGAUCCUGACAAGGGAAACAUAUGCAAAUAUGUCUGAUGAUUUAAAGUUGUUUACUGUUGAAUAUCAGUUUUCUUAGUGAUGGUUUUCUGAACUGAAUAAAAAAAAUCAAAGGACUCACUGACAAAAAUAAAGAAUAAAGUUGAUGAAAUAA